AUGAAAACAAAGAGUGUGUUGAUGGGCGGUAAGGCAUACUCAUCUCCCUUACUGAAUGCAGCAGUUCCAUCGACAACCACUCACUCAUCAUCGACCAAACAACAACAGCAACAACAGCAAUCAAGACUCACACAACCAACUUUUUCAUCCAGUGCUAGGUACAAUCAGACAAUGGCUCAAAGAAAUGAAAACAACAAAUCAUCAUCUAGAAAUACGACAAAGAAGAAACCUAAAAGAUCAAAAUCAAGCUCUCCCGUUCGUAAAUCAUUGAGCAGUAAUUCUCAACAAACACCAUCUAGGACAAACACUGUAACAAUACCCAGACCUUCUUCGUCAUCCCAUAAUGUUUCAAAAACAGCUUCCAGUAAUAGUAACAACAAUGCCGAGAGUAUUCCAAUGAGGUCCUCUUCAACAACAAGUCAAUAUCAAGAACAAUUGAAAAAGUACGAGACACUCUUCAACAAGUAUCAAUUAUUGUACGACCAGCAAAAGAGCAAAAACCAUGCUAUAGAAAAGAAAAUUGUUUCUGUUGAAGAAAUGAUGAAGGAAAUGGAUUUACAAGUAACAACCCAGGCCAAAAAGUACAGUUCAUUAAGACACAGAGUGGACAACAUUGAAGAAAAUGUUAGUUCUCAAAAAAAGUCAAUAGAGGAGCUUUUUACACUUCAUGAAACAAAACUGAAGAUAUUCGAGGAGAGAUUAACCGAGCUUAGAGACAUUCAAGAAAGAUACAGAAGGAAGACUGCAUACCUCCAGAAAAAGUUCAAAGAUCUUGCUUCACAGAAGCCAGAACCUGAGGAAGAACCAGACUCGAGGGAAAGAUCGAGGGAUAGAAUUGUAAUGUCAUCCGCGUCGUCCUCUGAUACAGAGGGAGAGCAACCUCAAUUAGUAGUUCUUUCAAAGAGAACUGCCAUCAAUUCUCCAGUUUUCAGGAAGGAAACCCACUCUACUGAAUUUUUAUCAACAGAAUCAGAGAAUGAAAUGUUGGAAGAAAAACCAAAAUCAUCUCAAAAGAACCACUCUUCAAAACGAUCAGUGGUAGAUUCCUAUAAGAAAGAGGAGAGUGAUUCCGAGUCAGAUUAUCCACCUCAAAGGAGUGCACCACCUAAAAAGGAAGCACCAGUUGAAAGAACUAAUGUAGUUUCAAGAAGUAAGGAACAGGAACUAAAACAAAGAUACCAAGAUUUAAGGAAAGCUUAUGGAAGAGUUUAUGGUCGUGUUGAUUAG